UGGAUCUCUGUACAACCAGCAUAUGGGAUGUGGACCUCAUUACGGACCGCAUAUGAAGAUCUUCAAGCUCUUGUUGAUGGCAAUUGGACUAAUAAAGAAUGGGCGCGGGAGCAUCAUCGGGAGGAGGCGCUUCACAAGCUGGUCUAACUCAUAAGGGGGCUCCCUGGGCAGUAGAGGAUAACCUGAGGGUGCCGGAGCAGACGAUCGUCCAGUCGGUGAAAGAGCACAUGCGGUGUUUUCUGGAAAGUCUGGGCUCUCCUGUAGGGUGCAGGCUUGAGGACUACGCACGGCAAGAUGGGACGGGGGCAUUCCCGGGCAUACACUCAAACUGGAUCACAGGAGAAGUUUUGGCAAUGGCGAGGCCGAUGCACCGCAUGAUGAAACAGUAUGGACUUGUAUCCAAGUUCAAGGCGACAGGCAUUGGAGCUGUGAUAAACCUGCAGGAAAUCGGAGAACACUCAGCUUGUGGUGAUGGCAUAAAAGCGGAGAGUGGGCUCUCCUACUACCCAGAGAUGUUCAUGAGGGCGAACAUCCUCCAUUACCCUAUGGCAUGGAAAGACAUGACAACUCCGACACUAGCACACACCCUCAACAUUGUCCAGCUGAUGGAAUUCACCAUAUCGCAAGGAAGGAGGGUUGCAGUACAUUGCCAUGCAGGUCUCGGGCGGACGGGCCUGGCGAUCGCUUGUUACUUGGUAUACACAAGAAGCCAGCUACCUGCUGAGGCGAUCCGCUUGGUACAGCGACAAAGGCCAGGCUCGCUGCAGACGGAGGGCCAGGUACAGCAUGUCUACAGGUUUCAUUCCUACCUUUGUGGCCUAAGGGUAGUGUACCCUGAUCAGGAACCAAAGGCCACCGAUACCGUGCAUACGUCCAGCUUUACGCUGCAGACAAUUCUCGCAAAACAGCGUAAACUCCUUCAUGGUGAAGAGAGGAUAACACUGUGGACCACUCCCAAGAUUGUGGACGUUCUGUGCACGGAGAUGUCGUCCAGAGCGAAAAACGUAUGCAACAAGGACGAAGAGUCCAUGGCUCGCCUCUUCUACACGGCAAGUAUGGUCUACCACCCACUGGACUGCGCCACACAUAGCGAAGUUGACAGAGCAAAGACACUCAUCAACUCUGGUUCUUGGGAGACCGUUCCAAAGCUCUCGUCCAUAGUAGUGGCUAACCUCUUGGUGCAUUGGCUACGUUUAUUGGAAUCGCCAUUACUCUCCAGACGUGCAGUGAGGGAUGCGUUGCAGCUGAAGUCUCCAGAAGCAUUGGAGGUCCACCUGCUCCAUGCUAGCAAUGAGUCGUCCUCCACUCUCAGAUGUUUGAUGUUCUGUGUUGGCGAGCUUGGCCUGAGCGACCCCAGUUUAAAAUUUGGACUUUUUCAAUGCAUAUCAAGGGAGUUGCUGAGGUUGGUCAGCAUUGACAGCUUGUCAGACUCUGCAGGUACACAGUACUACACGUUGAAGACUCCCGGAACAUGCUCUACGUCUGGACCGGAGCCUGUUGACUUCAAGAUGGACAGAAGCACUCUCACAGGAUCCACCGAUGCCCCGGCCGAGGGAGGCAGGAGAGUUGGACCUCCUUCAAAGUUUGAGAGCAUUGAGGAGUGUUUUGCAGGUGCCUUGCUCUCACUGUAUGAGUGGAAAAGAAGGAUACCCAUCCCGGCACGGGAUGCGCAUGCUUCCACGGUAUAUAUUGAUGCGCCACAAACUCCAAAACAAGUAAUCGCAGACGGUAAACGACAACAAGGCAACAUUCAAACUCGUGGCGAGGCUAUUAAGAAAGGAACACAAGGAUCUCCUGUUGUUCCUGUCGUAAAGGAGGAACUGCAAGUUUCAUCAAAAUCAGGCACAACAAAAGGAAGAGCUAUUAAAACACCGACUGCUGCUGAGGCUACCCUCCUGCAGAACCACAACCCGAAAGCCACUCGAGGGACAUCUACUAAAGCCGACCCACAAAAUCCAAAAGAGGAGGGCACCAGUUUAUUGCCUGCUGCUGGCAUUAUAAAUCGUGGUACUGAAGCACGUCCUGUUGCGGACACCUCUCACCAUAAGGAAGCACGUCCUGUUGCGGAACUAAAUCGUGGUACGGAAGCACAUCCUGUUGUCGAUACCAAUCGCGGUAUGAAAGCGCGUCCUGUUGCAAACAAAGAACGUUGGCUUCCAUCACACGGAAGCAACGUUCAAAGUCAGACUGGUGCUAAGGCCACUUCUCUGCAGCACCAAUUCUCGAAAGAUAGUCAAGAGACACCAACCAAAGAAGGCCCCAAAAAGGCGCACGUGGAGGGUACGGAAGCGCAUCCUGUUGCGAAUAUCAAACCCGGUAUGGAAGCACAUCCUGUUACCAACAACAAACAUCGGCUUCCAUCGCAAGGAGGCAACAUUCAAAGUCAGACUGGUGCUAAGGCCACUUCACUGCAGCACCACUUCUCAAAAGAUAGUCACGAGACACCAACCAAAGAUGGCAGGAAAAAGGCAGAAGUGGAGGGUACGGAAGCACAUCCUGUUGCGGAUAUCAAUCGCCGUGCGGAAGCACAUCCUGUUGCGGAUAUCAAUAGUGGUACGGAAGCGCAUCCUGUUGCGAACAACGAACGUUGGCUUCCAUCACAAGGAGGCAAAGUUCAAAGUCAGACUGGUGCUAAGGCCACUUCCAUACAGCACCACCUCUCAAAAGAUAGUCAAGAGACAACAACCAAAGAAGGCCCCAAAAAGGCAAAAGUGGAGGGUAUGGAAGCACAUGCUCUUGCGAAUAUCAAGCGCGAUAUGGAAGCACAUCCUGUUGCAGAUAUUAAUCAUGGUACGGAAGCACAUCCUGUUGCGGAUAUCAAUCGUGGUACGGAAGCACAUCCUGUUGCAAACAACGAACGUUGGCUUCCAUCACAAGGAGGCAAAGUUCAAAGUCAGACUGGUGCUAAGGCCACUUCCCUACAGCACUUCUCAAAAGAUAGUCCAGAGACACCAACCAAAGAAGACCCAAAAAAGGCAGAAGUUGAGGGUAGGGAAGCUCAUCCUGUUGCGGAUCUCAAUUGCGGUACGGAAGCACGUCCUGUUGCAGAUAUAAAUCACGGUACGGAAGCACAUCCUGUUGCGGAUAUCAAUCACGGUACGGACGCGCAUCCCGUUGCGAACAACGAACGUUGGCUUCCAUCACAAGGAGGCAAAGUUCAAAGUCAGACUGGUGCUAAGCCCACUUCCCUGCAGCACCACUUCCCAAAAGAUAGGCAAGAGACACCAACCAAAGGAGGCCCCAAAAAGGCAGAAGUUGAGGGUAGGGAAGCACAUCCUGUUGCAGAUAUCAAUCACGGUACGGAAGCACAUCCUGUUGCAGAUAUCAAUCAUGGUACGGAAGCACAUCCUGUUGCGGACAUCAAUCAGGGUAUGGAAGCGCAUCCUGUUGCGAACAACGAACGUUGGCUUCCAUCACAAGGAGGCAAGGUUCAAAGUCAGACUGGUGCUAAUGCCACUUCCCUGCAGCACCGCUUCUCAAAAGAUUGUCAAGACACACCAACCAAAGGAGGCCCGCAAAAGGCAGAAGUUGAGUGUGAGGGAGGGAGCUCAUUGGCAGCACCUCCUGCAGAUGACAAGGAAACACAACUUUCAUUUGAAGAUGCACUUUCUUUGUCAUCUCAUUGACAUGUAUCUUUUACCAUCAUCUAGUUUCGCUUCAGAACACGGAUUGUUGUACCCUGAAGCCGAAGACAG